AAUACUACAAACGUACACCUCAUGAAUACAAGGAGAAGAAAUACGAAGAUGAAUACUACAAAUACGAAGACAAAUACGAAGACAAAUACGAAGACAAAUACGAAACGAAGGACAAAUACGAAACGAAGAAAUACUACAAACGUACACCUUAUGAAUACAAGGAGAAGAAAUACGAUGAUGACUACUACAAGGAAGACAAAUACGAAGACAAAUACGAAGACAAAUACGAAGACAAAUACGAAACGAAGGACAAAUACUACACGACGAAGAAAUAUUAA